AUGGGUACCUCUUUCCCAUCCAUCCAGACCUUCUAUUCGAGGGAAGUACAGUUAAAUCCCGAAGACGUAAAUAAUGAUUCCUCAGAUUCUCAAGCCCCUGGGGAUGGUUUCACGUCAUCUGAAAUAGAAGUAGUGAUGAAACCGCUUUCACGACCCUGGAAGCCACCACGAUCAUACGAACAAUGUCCCAUUUCACUCCUUCAGACUGGUCCCUUUAACUAUGAAAUCUCUGGGAGGAUUGUAAACUUUUCUACCAACCCCCAAGAGCAAGGCUAUCAUUUCCUUGUCGUAUCUGAUGGAUCAGGCGCUAUUGCAGUUAAGCUUUACUAUGCGAAAGCAUCCGACUACCAAUUACUUCUUGGCCAGAGAGUCACGGUUUGGGCGACUUUUAUUGCUGCUUCAACUCAGGGUGGUACGGGCAACAUACCGUUUUGUGCAUCUUCUACUAGGAUUUAUCCUGGCCGCAACAUUGCAAACCACAUUGCCCUCCAUGACGACACUCCCGAUUCGGAUGGCCACCGUAUAUUGCGCCGUCCUUUGGAUUGUAAUUUAAAGGAGUAUAACUAUCUCCCUGCUCUCAUGACUUUAAAGGCUUAUCUUUCUACCGGAUACGAUAUGGCAGAGGGUAGGAUUCUUGUCUGCGUGAGAAGCGUCGGACCGCGUAGAAUUGUCCACUCGAAAAAACGCCAGUGUGAUCUUGAUAUGGUGGACGUAAGCAUCUUUGACGAUACGGCAACUUGCGUCCUGAAGCUGUGGCAGGAUAAAGUUCCCUCGGCUAAAACUUGGAUUCCAAAUCGAACUAUUCUCCUUAUAUCCAAACCGACCUGUCGACAGGAUGAUCCACACUCUGGACUUGGUAUUGGUUACACCUCAAUGGUCGACGUGGAUCCUGAGUUCCCAGAUGCCGACUGGCUUAGAGAUAAAGUGAAGAAUAUGAGCAAGAGGCAGAGCGUACACAUCCCCUUCCCUUAUGAUACUUGGGAUAUUAAUCUUGCGAUUCGUGGCCCUAAGCGAAUGCCCGACUUUUAGGAGGGAUGUUGUGUUUGGCCAAGAUGGUAUUUCCUAAUUAGGCAAUUCGUCUGUGCACCCCACUAGCGUCUGGAUCCCAGGCUUCUCAUUGGCUGAGAUAUGAAGCUAAGGCUUUAGCUGCAUGACUAGCGUUAAGCUAAUUUUAGUGUGGAUAUUUUCGGCGGUACGUACCUUUGAUAAG